AUGUCGCUUGCAGGAAAGGUCCUCUUCAUCACCGGCGCCUCCCGUGGCAUUGGCAAGGCCAUCGCCAUCCGUGCUGCCCAGGACGGUGCUUGUGUCGCCAUUGCCGCCAAGACCGCCGACCCGAACCCGAAGCUGCCUGGCACCAUCUACUCGGCCGCCAAGGAGAUCGAGGCUGCUGGCGGCAAGGCGCUCCCGAUUCAGUGCGACAUCCGUGACGAGAAGCAGGCGUUCGGCAAGAUCGACAUUGUGGUCAACAACGCGUCGGCGAUCAGUCUGACGCCGACCGAGAAGACCGACGUCAAGCGCUACGACCUGAUGCACAGCAUCAACGGCCGCGGAACCUGGCUCGUGUCAAAGCUGGCGCUGCCGUACCUGAAGAAAUCCGAGAACCCGCAUAUCCUGAACCUGUGCCCGCCGCUGUCGCUAGAGGAGAAGUGGUUUGCGCCGUUCCCUGCGUACUCAAUCGCCAAGUAUAACAUGUCGCUGUGUGUGCUCGGUAUGUCCGGCGAGUUCCGCCAGUACGGUAUCGCGGUCAACGGCCUGUGGCCGCUGACCAUGGUGGAGACCGCUGCGCUAAAGAUCGCGGCUGACGGAAUCAACGACCGCAAGUCGCGCAAGGUCGAGAUCAUUUCUCGGGCAACUUUCUGCCUCGACGAGCUGCUGCUGCGCAAGCACGGCGUCACUGACUUCGAGCAGUACAACAACACCCCGGGCACCAAGCUCGAGGACCUGUCGCCUGACUUCUUCCUGGACGCAAAGCAGCUCCAGGAGCUCGAUGCACUGCGCAAGAAGCAGGGCGCCAAGCUCUAA